GUAUACUGUAUUGCUUGAAAACAGGACAAUCGUCCAUUGCACCGGCGGUACAAUUACUUUAUCCAAAGUAGAAAGAGAAAACGUUUCCUCAUCCCACCGACACAAUUUUUUACCCUCUACUUUUCCACUCACAAAACAAUUAUUGACGUGUUUGGUCCACAAUUAUUAACCCACUACCUUAACGUGUUUGGUCCACUGAGUUAUUGACCAAGACAAUAUCUAGUCGUCCCGCUCACAAAAGUGAAGUUCAUAAGAGUUUAAGCUUCAGUUUCCGUCACAAAACUCUUCUCUCAGAUUACUAGUUUCCAGAAAAAAAAGAAGAAAAUGGCAGGAGCUUUGAUUGGAGAGGCUUUUCUCUCUGCUUCCAUCCAGGAAGAUGUGCGAUAAGAUUGGUUCCGGCGAGUUCUUGGAUCUGUUUCGGGGGAAAAAGCUUGAUCUUUCGCUCGUGGAGAAGCUGAAGCUGACGUUGUUGACCCUUCAUGCAGUGCUCAAUGAUGCAGAGGAGAAGCAGAUUGUCAACCCUGAUGUGGGAAGCUGGCUCGACGAGCUCAAACAUGCUGUCUUUGAUGCGGAGGAUCUACUUGAUGAGAUCGAUGCUGAAGCUUUGCGCUCCAAGGUGGAAGCUGAAUAUCAAACUAAGAAAACCCAGGUGUGGAACUUCCUAUCUACCUCUCUUAAUCCGUUUUAUCAAGGCAUGAAUGGUAGGAUACAAGAGUUAUUCAAAAGGUUAGAACACCUCGCAAAACAAAUUAAGCUCCUUGGUCUUAUAGGAGGUGUUAAGGGGAAAAUUUCUCGAAGAGCUCCCACAACAUUCUUGGUAGGGAUGGAGAUAAAGACAAGUUGA